AAAAAGCCAUUUUUCCGAUUCAUUUCGGUUUAUAAUAGCGAAGCAAGAAAGCAGACAAAAAUUUCAAGCAUUAGAAUACUGUACUGCUUUUCUUGAAACUGUGAUACUUUACAAAGCUUUGAAGAAAAAAACAGAUCGCCGGAAUGAUCAGUACCAGCAUACGGUUGAUUGUUCUGACGUCUGCAGUUGUGUUCUGUGUGGAGAAAAAGACACCCCCUAAUGAGUGGGGUCCAUAUUACACUCUCCCUAAGCAGAUGCCGGACAUGGCGAUUCUCUUUAGAAACGUGCUUUCAUCCUACCUUAGCUCCAACCUACCGGGAGAUAAGUGUGAUAAACGCGAUGCCAUGUUUGAGAGAUGGUUUCAGAGUUCAAAGGAUCCGGACCUGCAUAUUCUGUCCUUUUAUUGCAGAACUAGUGGAGUCAGGGGUUACCAGCACUUGAAGAUCAAGAAAACUGGCAAGCACGACGGAAAUGUUUUGGAGUUUCAGAAGUCUCUGAAACUAUUUGGCAUCAUGGACGCCGGCGGCUACGAAAGUGAGAAUACAAAAGAAGGAAAAGAGGCGGAAAAGUUGCAAAACGAGUUGCUUGAGAAAGUGAAGGCGCAAAUCAAGAAGCAGCCAGACCGAGAUCCUUCGAAGGAGCUGUGUCCUGACGCUGGAAACAAGACAGUCAUGACUUUUGUCGAGACCAAGAUCGAGAACGGACUCUACUACUAUAAGUUCCCCGUCAGCUGCAACAUCAGCUUCUCCGACUUGAACACGGGGGGAGACCACGUGACUAAAAUUGAGGUUGUGGAGGACAAGGACUUCAAGGUACUGAAUGAUGGUAAUGCUACCCUGAUCGGCAUCGAGAACCCUGAGCGCAACAUCGAUUAUGUCAAGGCGAUGGAAGCAGCGCUGGCCGCCAAGCAGUCCCACGCUUUCACUCUCGUCCCAAUGAUCACUCUGCUUCUUCUUCCCACCGCUUCGAGAGUCUUCUAGUAGAUUUUUUGCUAC